UUCUGGCUAGAAAGUGAAUUACUUACAACCAUGUGGCGGCUCGGAGUCGUAUCGCUAUUACUAAUAUUGCUAAAAAGAGGUGUUUGUUCCAUUCGGUUGGAUAAAGCCAGUGCGUUCCGAUAUCUGCGACCGCUGAUUUUACCUCCAACUAGCCAGUCCGCCGACUCACGUGAGGCGGGAAGCACGCUUGUAUGUUCGAAUUUCGAAAAGCGCGCCAGAAUAAAUACCGGCUAACUUUUGACUGUUCAUUAAUUCAAAUAUGUAGCAAAAAUUGUUGAAAAUAUAGCAUGAUUCAGUAGUUAAAAAUAAAAAUAUACGUUCGGAUGUAUAAUUUACAUGUAAAUACAGUAUUAAUUCCAAUUCUUGCAUUUUCGCGGGUGAUUAAACCGUAGUUCUUUCACAUUUAGAAGAAAGUUCGUUUCUACGCCAAAUAUGUUAUUAAAGCAGCCAAGACUUCAGUUAGUGUUCCUGACGCUAUUGGCGUCCGCGAACGCCGUGGUACCAGGGUCGUCCAGUGCGAACGAGAUCAACCACUUGCAGAAGCCCCGAGCACCGGCCCAGGGUGGCUCUUUGUACCCACAAGCUACGGAGACUAGAGACUUGAGGAAUUUGGAUGGCAUAUGGAACUUUCGGAAGUCGCCUGUCGAUCCAGAGUAUGGAUAUCGGCAUAGGUGGUUCGCACAAGAUCUCGAAAAGACGGGUCCAGUGAUCCACAUGCCAGUACCGUCGUCAUACAACGACAUAGGCACGGACGCGUCCCUCCGCGACCACGUGGGGCUCGUGUGGUACGACCGGCGGUUCCACGUCCCAGCCGGCUGGGCGCGCGCCGAGCAGCGGGUCUGGCUGCGUUUUAGCAGCGUUCACUAUGCGGCACAAGUUUGGAUAAACGGCAUCUCGCUUGCAUACCACGAGAUCGGGCACUUACCUUUUGAAGUGGAGAUCACAGACUACGUUCGGUACAACGGUAGCAACCUCCUCACCGUGGUGGUGGACAACACGCUGUUGAAUGACACUGUCCCGCAGGGCGCCAUCACUGAAGUACAGACAAACCAGACGUUCCGGCUCAAGCAGUCAUACACGUUCGACUUCUUCAACUACGCCGGCAUCCACCGCUCUGUGUUCUUAUACAGCACGCCGCAGGCCUACAUCGAUGACGUCAUCGUCAACACCGACAUACAGGGGCUUACUGGUUUCGUGGUGUACAAUAUCACGUUCAAAGGCUCCGAUGCAAGUAAUAUAAUAUGUCUCGUCCAACUGUUGGACAAGAACGACACGCAAGUAGUAGCAGCGCAGGACUGCGCUGGCCUGCUGGAGGUCGGCAACGCCAACUUCUGGUGGCCUUACUUGAUGGAUCCUAAUCCUGGAUACUUGUACACUAUGAAGGCCACAUUGAUAGGGCCCCGAGGCGAAGUAGUGGACACCUACUACCAGAAGAUUGGCAUCAGGACCGUGACGUGGACCAACACCAGUGUGUUCAUCAACGACAAGCCCUUGUAUCUACGAGGCUUCGGAAUGCAUGAGGAUUCUGAUCUUCGAGGGAAAGGCUGGGAUCCAGUACUGUGGGUGAAGAACUUCAACCUCAUCCGAUGGGUGGGCGCCAACGCAUUCCGCACCUCACACUACCCGUAUGCUGAGGAAAUCUACCAGCUCGCCGACGAGCAGGGCAUUAUGAUCAUCGAUGAGUGCCCUAGCGUGGACACCAAUUACUUCACGGACUCGCUGCUCGCCAAGCACAAACAGUCACUGAAGGAACUGAUCCACCGUGACAAGAACCAUCCCAGCGUGAUCAUGUGGUCCAUCUCCAACGAGCCGAGAUCGCAGAUGAAGGGCGCCGAUUAUUACUUCGGAGAGGUCGUGAGACACGUGAAAUCCAUGGAUCUUUCGAGGCCAGUCACCAUUGCUAUUGCACAGAGUUACAUAUACGAUAAAUCUGCGCAAUACCUCGACGUGAUAAGCUUCAAUCGAUACAACGCGUGGUACCACGACCCGGGGACAUUGCAGAUCAUCACUGGCAAUGUCGUCGAAGAAGCCACCGCUUGGCACCGCAAGCAUAACAAGCCCGUGCUUAUGUCCGAGUACGGGGCUGACUCCCUCGCUGGAUUACACUUCUUACCGGAAUACAUCUGGUCAGAAGAGUACCAAGUGGGAGUGAUGUCGGAGCACUUCAAGGCUUUUGACCAGCUGCGUCAAGCAGGUUUCUUCGUAGGAGAGUUUAUUUGGAAUUUCGCAGACUUCAAGACUGCACAGACAUAUACCCGCGUCGGCGGUAACUGCAAGGGCAUCUUCACACGUGCCCGGCAACCCAAGAUGUCCGCGCACCACCUGCGCAGGCGCUACCACGCGCUCGCCGCCGCCGACGACGGCGCGCCGACGCUGCCGCAGCCCUACUACAUCAGCGACCUCACAAAGGCGAGGCAUGACGAGCUCUAGGAGCCGUCACGUUCAAACCACUCUAGCACAACUUGUCAUGAGAUAGAUAGCUAUAACGUGUGUCGGAUACUUUAAGCUCCAAACGCCGUGCGAAGUGCCAUACGAGGCAUUAGAAGCAGGCAUCUCGUAGAUCAGAAUACUGGCGACGAUUUUGCCUCUCCGCUUUCAAUUCGCGACCUUGGCAAGAAGGCCAGAAAACAACUGUUGCGAGAAAAGCAAUGAAAAAAUUUAUUCAUCUUUAUUAGUGAGAGCUGUGAGUUAUAAUUAAUGGUUGCUGCCUCGUGUGAUACGCCACGACAGUAAAUUUUUCCUUUCUAAACUUUUUAAAGUAAACCAAGAUAUUUUUUAGACUCUGUUACAUACUUGUAGAAGAAAGAAGUCAGUAGCAAUACCAUCAGUUUUGACAUUGACAUAUUCACUCACGUCUAAGUAACUUACUUUCUAUGCGUCUCGCUCGUACUCGCAUAUUAGUGCAAGCGAGAUGUAUAGAAAGUAAAUUACGUAGACGCGAGCUAAUAAUGUCAAUGUCAAAACUGGUGGUAGCCGUACAGAUGGCCAGUUGUGUUAACUGGUUGCAGUAAGUACUGCAAUGAAUAAUCAAGAGGUGUAGUUACUUCAUGUAACGCCUCAUAUUGUUUUUAGAGAGGUGUGGGUGUGUAAGUACCAUUCCAGUAACCGAGUGGGAGGACCCUUUAAAAAAAUAGUUGGAUUUAUAAACUGUUCAUAAUUUAUUAACCUACCUAAUCGGUGCCGGCACCUUAUAAACUAUUAACAUCCUUUCUAUCCGACUAGAACGAUAUUUAAUGUAAGAAAUAAUUUAAAAAAAUCUGUUAGCUUAGAUUACUUUUCACAUAAGACUUUUUUUAUUAAACCAAAUAAAAAAUGUCUAUAACUUUUAUAAGAGCAAGGCUUAACCUUUUCGACCCCGUGUCAAACUCAAAAGCUGACACGCGGGCGCCACGUCACCGAAGUGUCAUAAACUGAAAUUGAACUUUAUGCAUAUGCUCGUAGGUCUAUGUUGCACUGUGGUCUGUGGCCGAUUAAUCGGUCUUUGGUGUUGAGCCUGCGGUGCGGAUAUAUCGAUCAUUGGCGUCCAAAAGGUUAAUGAAGUACACUCAGCAUUUUUGCCAUUUAAAUCUUACCAAAAUAAUAAUUUUAAGUAGAUAGUUAAAGCAAUUAUUAGCUUAAGUAUUAAGUACACUAAAUAAAUAGAAAACCUCACAAAUGUUAGAUAGGCAUGUUUUUUUUAAUGUAAUUAUUCAUAUUCUCAUGUGCAUUAAAUGGCCGUGUACAAAGCGUACAUCGGCAGACCUUAUUAGAAAAGGCAUAAGGUCAACCGAUGUCCAUCAGUUAACAGUGUGUGUGAUGGUACCUAUGUCACUUGCAGUAA